AUAAGCACUGUGAAGAUGAAUCCCAGCAUUAAGACAGUUGGUUUCUGUCCUCCAGCAGCAGCAGAGCCGGUCACCAUGAGUCUGGACGAGGACGCCCGCUGGCUGGACUGGAUGACCAAACAGUUUGAGAGCAUCGCUGGAGACGACAAAGAGAUCGACAUCGAUGAGUUUAAAACGGCUCUCAAGGUCAAAGAGUCUUUCUUUGCCGAGCGUUUCUUUGCGCUCUUUGACUCGGACGGCAGCAGCUCCAUCAGUCUGGACGAGCUGCUGAAAGCUCUGGACCUCCUGAUCCACGGCAGCGAGACGGACAAGCUCAAGUUCCUCUUCCAGGUCUACGAUGUGGACGGCAGCGGUUCUAUCGACCCAGACGAGCUGCGAACGGUUUUGAAGUCGUGUCUGCGUGAGAGCGCCAUCUCUCUGCCGGAGGAGAAGCUGGACGACCUGACGCUGGUGCUGUUCGAGUCGGCCGAUAAAGACAACAGCGGCGCCAUCACCUUCGAGGAGCUCAAGGCCGAGCUGGAGAACUUCCCGGAGGUGAUGGAGAACCUCACCAUCAGUGCUGCUAACUGGUUGAAGCCUCCUGACGUGGAGCAGAAGAAGCGCCACGCUCCACGUUACCUGACCCGAGCCUACUGGCACAACAACAGCCGUAAGCUGCUGUUCCUGUGCCUGUACGCCUGCCUCACUCUGCUGCUCUUCAUCGUGGCCAUGCUGCAGCACAGUCACGGCGGCGCCUGGUACAUGGUGGCCAAGGGCUGCGGACAGUGUCUCAACUUCAACUGCACCUUCGUCAUGGUGCUUAUGCUGCGUCGCUGUUUCACCUGGCUGAGGGCCACCUGGGUGGUGAGGGUCUUACCUCUGGACCAGAACAUCUUGCUGCAUCAGAUCGUGGGCUACGCUGUCCUCUGCUUCACGCUGGUGCACACCACCGCUCACAUCUUCAACUUCGUGCAGCUGUCCGAGAGCAGCGAGUUCAGGCUGUGGGAGUACCUGCUGACCACGAGGCCGGGGAUCGGCUGGGUGAAGGGGACGGCCUCGGUGACCGGAGUCAUUCUGCAGGUGGUGAUCUGCCUCAUGGUGCUCUGCUCCAGCACCUUCGUACGACGCAGCGGACACUUUGAAGUGUUUUACUGGUCUCACCUGUCCUACGUGUGGGUCUGGUCUCUGCUGAUGGUCCACUGUGCAAACUUCUGGAAGUGGUUUGUGGUUCCUGGUUUGCUCUUCCUGCUGGAGAAGAUUGUAGGAAUCGCAGUUUCCCGUAUGGGAGGGCUUUACAUCGUGGAGGUCAACCUGCUGCCGUCCAAGGUGACUCACCUGGUGAUCAAACGUCCUCAGUUCUUCCAUUUCAAACCCGGAGAUUACGUCUACAUCAACAUCCCAGUGAUCGCCAAGUACGAGUGGCAUCCGUUCACCAUCAGCAGCGCUCCAGAGCAGUCAGAUGUGCUGUGGCUUCACGUCCGCUCGAUGGGUCAGUGGACCAACCGUCUGUACGAGUACUUCAGACAGCCAGAGAGCCCGGCGGUCAGCCCCAAGAGACUGGGCACCAGCCUGAGGAACCGGAGGCAGCUGAUGAAGGCCCAGGAGGAGUUGUUCAGCUCCACAAACUGCGGCGGAGGAGUAGCUUCUAAUGAGGACGACGCCAUCGAGCUGAUGAUGUACCGUCAGAACGGCUCCCAGGCCGAUGAGGCCGCGGCCCCGAUGUCUGAGUCUCCGGGGCCAGCGGAGCCUCUUCCGGACGAGCUGGGUCCGGCAGAGAGAGGAGAGGCUCCUCCGCUCAAAGAGGUUCCUGCCAAGUUCGGUGAGAAUCACAGGUUCUGUAACAUCAAGUGUUAUGUAGACGGACCGUAUGGGACUCCUACGAGACAGAUCUUUGCCUCUGAACAUGCCGUCCUGAUCGGGGCCGGUAUCGGGAUCACACCAUUCGCCUCCAUCCUGCAGAGCAUCAUGUACCGAUACCGCAGGAGGAAGCAGAACUGUCCCAACUGUAGCUACUCCUGGUGUGAAAACAUCAAGGACAGCGACAUGAAGCUACGCAAAGUCGACUUCAUCUGGAUCAACAGAGACCAGAAGUCGUUCGAAUGGUUUGUCAGUUUACUGACCAACCUGGAGAUGGACCAGGCCGAUGAAGAGCCAGAAGGCCGCUUCCUGGAGAUGCACAUGUACAUGACGUCAGCGCUCAGCAAGAAUGACAUGAAGGCCAUCGGCCUGCAGAUGGCGCUGGACCUUCUGGCCAAGAAGGAGAAGAGAGACUCCAUCACUGGACUGAGGACCAGAACCCAACCUGGACGACCCGAGUGGGGGAAGGUUCCCAGAGUCCAAGGAGACGUCUUCAAAUGUCUUGUUGUGUCCGACCAACAGUUAAGAACCCGAAGAGAUUCAGUUUACUGAGACAAACCCGAGGACGUUUGCUUGACAAAUGACUUAAACAGUUCAUUUAUCAUCAAAUUAUUGUUGCUGAUAAAUGUUCUGUUGAUUGACUAAUCAAUCGAUUGUUUCAGCUGUAAUUUAAUUUACUCAACAGAGAGUAAAUAUUUAAUUCCAUUAAAAGUAAACACAUCAUUGCAUUUGACCACCAAAAAAAAAAAACAACUUUGUAUAAAUCCAGGAGAAGAAAAGAAAGGCAUUAAUGUUAAACCGCCAUUUCCUGCACAAACAUGUUCAAUAACGUUAUCGAAUAUAAUGAAUAUAAUGAAUAUAAUGAAUGAUCAGAGGAGCAGCUGCAGCAACACGGCUUCCUGAAGAAGGGGGUGCUGUUGCUCCGCCGUUAGCUUAGCCGGGUUUAAACCGGCGUUGCUGUGUCCUCAGAAGCUGUAGUUUCCUAUCUUAAAGCACUAUGUUGAGCUGAGGCCUAAAAUAUCGUCUCUUCCUCAUGUAAUGGGGCCUUUAAAGAGUACGACUGCUGUGGGUCUGAAGCACAUUGGGGAGAUUGUUUUCCACCACUGGUUGUUCAGAAAGUGUACUGCUUGGUUUCCGGCGCUCCUGUGGUGAAACAGCGUGUUGUUGGUAGCCGUUUUCAGAAUCGCCUCCUCUGUAAAACAUGUUGUUGUCGU